AAUCCGUGGGAUGAGAACAGGGCUAGAAAACAACAAAAUAGCCACAUGGGAUUUGUGGGCAUGUGGGAAAUGGCACUCAUCCCAUUUCGUUUGGAGUCCUACGCUUCUUUUCUUUACUAAGUCCUUGUUUGGAAGCUGGGAAUUUGUAAGAAAGUCGUUUUAGCACCUUGGUAUUUGGUCUAACUGAACUUAGUGUCGAGAAAGUGUUGGAGUUUGCCAAGUAAUCGCCUAGACCCUCGUUAUUUGUAUAUGGUAGCCCAACGUGAAACAUUUAUGUGAUCAUCAUCAGCAUAGAUGAAUUUUAACAAAGAUUGAAGAUGUUUUCACCCAAUGAAUUCAAUUCGAUCUGAAAUUGUUAAUGCUCUCCGAAUAAAUUUGAAAGGAAAAUGCUUCAGGGGUGUUCUCAAAAUCAAUCCAAGAAGCAAUUGAAAGUAAAGUUUUGUAAAGCAAUGUGAGGAAAGAGAGAGAAAAAGGGAUGAGAAUGAGACGCUAAAAGAAACAAACUUACCAGUCAACCGACCAAACUACCAGUCUUUGGUUGCUAUCCUCAAAACCUAUUUUGCAUCUCCUUUCCAGGGCUGCCUUCAUUUUCAACUCAUUUCGGAGUCUUUCUCUCUCUCUCUCAAGUUUUAUCUUCUCUUUUCAUUUCGGCCCAAAAUUUUCAUCGAUUUGUAAUGGCCAGGACUGGCAACAAGAACAUACAAGCCAAGCUGGUGCUUCUUGGGGACAUGGGAACUGGGAAAACCAGUCUAGUGCUGAGAUUUGUCAAAGGGCAAUUUUAUGAUUUCCAGGAAUCAACAAUUGGAGCAGCCUUCUUCACUCAGGUUUUAUCACUGAAUGAGGCCACUAUAAAAUUUGAUAUAUGGGACACAGCAGGACAAGAACGAUAUCAUAGCUUGGCUCCUAUGUACUAUCGUGGUGCAGCUGCUGCCGUUGUGGUGUAUGACAUUACAAGCAUGGAUUCAUUUGAACGAGCUAAAAAGUGGGUUCAAGAACUGCAAAGACAAGGAAAUCCAAAUCUGUUAAUGAUUUUAGUGGCGAACAAAGCUGACUUGGAAACAAAGAGAGAGGUGGAGAAUGAGAAAGGUGAGCAAUAUGCUAAAGAAAAUGGCUUGUUAUUCUUUGAAACAUCUGCAAAAACUGCUCAGAAUGUCAACGAGCUCUUUUAUGAAAUAGCAAAGAAUUUGGCAAAAGCCUGUCCUUCACGCCCAGGUGGAAUUAAACUGCACAGAAGAUCACAAGAAAGGGGUAGAAGACUGUUUUGUUGCUCUGGAUGAUUCCUGCACUCAGUUCAAAGAGUUAAGAGUGUACUUCUUUGAAUACUGUCAAGGAUAUUGCUGAAUGAAAUGAAGAUUCAAGAUCACUGAUCAAUGCUAAAAGAACAAGCUUUCACACAAGCAGCCAUGUAUUUCUGAUUGUUGUUUUGCAUGUAAAUUCUAAUUUCUAUUGCAAAAACAGAAACUUUUUUUUA